AUCUAUAAGCGCGGGCGAACGUUGCAGUCGGCAGUUGUCUCCCAUAGCAACACAUCUAAAUCUGAUAAUCAUUAACCAGCAACACGUGUGGACAGCCAAGACUAAAUUAAGUUUCCCGGAAAAAAGUAGCACUUCUAAAAGCCAUCUUCUUCUAAAGAUGGAUCGCUGGGUUGGACGGGUUGCUCUUGUAACUGGAGCUAGUGCUGGCAUUGGGGCUGCUAUUUGCCGAAAACUUGUUGAAUGUGGGCUUGUUGUUGUGGGAUGCGCCAGGAAUGUUGAGAAAAUUCGAAAGUUGGGUGAAGAACUAGAAUCAGCAAAAGGAAAGCUUCAUGCAUAUCAGUGUGAUCUGUCCAAAGAAGAAGAGAUAUUGGCUCUGUUUGGAUGGAUCAAAAGCAAUGUAGGGGGCGUCGAUGUAUGUAUCAAUAAUGCUGGAUUCGGAGAUUACGGCACGCUUCUUGGCCCUGAGGCUACGGUUUCAGCAUGGAAGUCUAUGCUUGACGUCAAUGUCAUUGCUUUAUGCCUUUGCACCAAGGAAGCCGUGAGUUCCAUGCGCGAACGUGGAGUGGAUGAUGGUCAAAUUAUUCACAUCAGCAGUCUUUCAGGCCAUCGGGUACCAAUUAGUCCAGGGAAUCAUUUUUACAGCGCCACUAAAUUUUGCGUUCGGUCUCUGACGGAAGGUCAUAGACAAGAGCUAAGAGAACUUAAAAGCAAUAUCCGAGUCGCGGCUAUCAGUCCAGGAUUCGUGAAAACAGAUUUUUUCGAUAAUGCUUUGCAUAGCACUAGUAGUAAUGCCCAAAGCGUCACAGACCUUUUUACGACGAUGAAGCCUAUUGAAUCGGUAGAUGUAGCUGAUUCAGUAGUCUAUAUCUUAAGUACACCGCCCCACGUUCAGGUCCAUGAUAUACUGAUGCGACCUACACAGCAAAAAUCAUAAAAGGCGUGUACAAUUUUGUUACUGUCCGGUACAAAUAGUUGUGCCACUCAAGCUUGAUUUAUACUGAUGUUCUCCGCACAGCUUGAACGUGAAAAGGAAGCAAAAAAUAUUACCCAAACUAGUUGAAUACAUUCUAUAUCAGUGUCGCCCUAGACAUUUCAUUGCCA